GAGUCCUGUUUUGGCCAAAAGUCCGACCUACAAGACACGCCACGAGACGGCGCAGCGGACCGAACGCAUCCUCAUUCGCGUGACGCCCGAGGAGAAGGCCGAGAUCGAGGAAACGGCGAGGAUCUUCGAGCAAUCGAUCGCGGAGACGGUGCGUAAGGCCGCGCUCAAUGUGCGCAUGGCUUCACCUCCGAGCGCGGAGAAUUUCGAGCAAUGGAAGACGAUGGGGAAGGUCUCACAGACCAUCAACAUGUUCCUUCGCCACCUGCACCGGGCGCAUCAGCGGCUCGAUGAGAAGGAGGUGUCAGGAGUGAUCACCAAGAUCAACAGAGGCAACGACCUGGGCGCGACCUUGCGUUACGUCUACAGGGAGGACGCCACCCCCGAGGUGGUCGCGGGCACGGCUGUGGGGAGCAGCCGUGAACAGAUCGAACGCGAUAUGAUGAAGGCCAUCGACCGGCGCGCGGACCUCAAGAACCCUGUCGUCCACAUGAUCCUCUCGAUCCCCAAGGAAGAGCACCUGACGCUCGAUCAAUGGGGUGAGGUUGCCGAGGAAUACACCGAGCGUAUGGGCUUUGGUAAGGCGCCCUAUAUCGCCGUGCGUCACCAGGAUACCGAGCACGAGCACAUCCACAUCGUGGCCUCGAGGGUGGACGUGUUUGGCCGACCCAUUCGUCUCUCCCACGACUAUUACAAGAGCCAGGAGAUCGCGCGCGAUCUGGAGCAAAAGUACGAACUCGGGCGCGUGCGCUCGUCAUGGGAGCGCGAGACGAAGGACCGCUCUCAGGGCGAGUAUCACCUGACCCAACGCACGGGCGCGGAGACGCGCAAGGAGCGGGUGCGGCGCGAGCUUUUCGGGGCGCUGGAGCAGUGUAAGGACGUGCCCGCGCUCGCGUCGAAGCUGCGCGAGAAGGACAUCGAGCUUGUCCCAAAGGUCACCUCGGAUCAGUCCAAAGUCGUUGGCGUCGUGUUCAAGGUCGAGGGGUGGCACAUCCCCGGUUCACGUAUCGAUCGCGCGCUCUCGUGGAAUCGGAUCGCGGAGAAGCUCGAGUAUGAACACGCGCGCGACUUCUCGCGCUUGAGCGCGCCACCCGAAGCGCCAGCCCGAGCAACGGGUGAGGUCAGCCAGGCGUCACCGAAUACACCAGGAAGAGAGAGCGCGGCGGAGCUGAUGCGGCCUGUGGUGCCUGAACCUGUGUCACAGGAGAGCGGCCAGGAGAAGCGCGAGCGCGUGCAAAACGAGCUGCAAGCUGCGCUCGAAAAGGCGCCUUACCAUAAGGGCUGGGAGGCGUGGGCAAAGGCCCUUAAAGAGCAAGAGAUCGAGGCGAUCCCCAAGGGGACCCAGAGCGAGGAAGGCAAGCUGCGAGGCAUGUACUUCGAGAAAGAAGGCGUGCGUUUGCCCGGCUCGAGCGUGGGCCGCGAGUACAGCUUUGGCAACCUCGAGCAGCGCCUCGGUGUGUAUGAGAAAGAGCGAGACGCCGUAGCCUUCGCGCGCGUGCACAUCCCCGGUGUGGGAGAUCAGGCGAUGCCUUCUCGUAAGGAGCAAGCGCGCGAGGAGGCACCUGCUGUCGUGCAAACUCCCUCCCCUGAAGCAAGCCGGUCGCGCGCUCCAGAACAUGGCGUGAGGUCUGUCCAGCCGCCGCAGAUAACGCCAGAGGAGCGUAAGGAACACAUGGUUGCUGACAUGCGUCAGGCGCUCGAGGACGCGACGGUAGACCAGGGUUGGAAGGCGUGGACCAGAUCGCUACGCGAGCAAGGCGUCGAGGCGAUUCCGAAGGGCACACAGGCUGAUCCAGGCAAGCUGCGAGGCAUGUAUUUCGAGAAGGAAGGUGUGAGAGUCCCUGGGUCCGAGGUGGGGCGAGCGUACAGCUUUGGCAACCUCGAGAAGACGCUCGGAGCCUAUGAACGGGUCAGGGAUCAGGCCGCGUUCGAGCGCGUGUAUGUGCCGGGUGCAGGAGAUACGGAGGUGUCUGUUUCUGUAGAGCAGGGCCGUGAAAACACGCGCGGGGAGAUGCACGCACCUUCGCCCGAAGCAAACCAAACGAGGACUCCAGAAGACGAAGGAAGGCAGGCUCUGCGACAAAGCUCGGCGCUCGGGGAGCGUGAGGAGCACACGAGUGAUGUGACGCAGCCGGAGGCCGAGGAUACGCCGAGAGUGGAGGGGGAACACGUGGCAGAGCAGCAAACCGUCGAGGAACAAAGUGUCGAGCAUGCCGUUGGCCACGAUGGUGAGAAGAGCACGGUGGAGCUGUUCUGCGAACAGCUUAAAAGGGAGCAGGAGAAAGCAGCGGUCGACGAGGUUGUUGUUGAAGAAGAGGGCGCACCUCUUCCAGCAUCCAAACCGAUUGCGCCCGAUGUCGAAGCUCCUGCCCCGGCAUCAACGUCACGUUCACCUGAGACAUCACGAGCCUCGCUCGAAGAGAGAAACGCCCCUGGAGUAGAGGACCAGAGGCGCCCACCCGAGGUAAGAAAAGCACGCACAGCAUCGCGAAAGAGUGAGAGUGAACGCGUGCUCGAUGAAGCCAAGCGUGUGGUUCAUGCCAUGGAUCGAACCGCCGAUGAAGAGCUCAUCGCGCGUCUUCGUGGCCGGAACUUGCUGGCCGGGCUCUCACGCAAGCCUGAAGACCCCAGAAACAAGCAGCGAGAGCAGCGCGAGCGCCAAGAUCCUCCGGGGAGCAGGCGCAACCCUCUUUCUCCUGGAGAUGUCCAACGCAAGAUCCUGGAGACCGAGAAGCCAUCGGCCAAGCUCGACCAGGAGCCGUUUAUGGGGGCGGUGAAGGAGGUUUUUUACACCAGACAGGGUCGCGUCGCGUUGCUCGAAGGAGAGCGCAAGAUAGCCCUCGUGGCACUCAAGGAAUACGAUCCUCGCUUUGUUCAAGGCCGCGUCUUCUCGAUCACCCCUGACCAGGAAGGGAAGGGGAUCGUGAUCGAUGAGAUCUACCGAGGCAGGAUCGAGAACCCGUUCAACGCCGAGGAGGCGAACCUGCGCUUCGAGCGCUACGAGACCGAGCGUGUGCCCGUAAAAAAGGAGCCGUUUGUCGGGCAGGUCAAGGAGACCUUCUGCAUCGAAAACUAUGGUCAGGUCGCCAUCGUCGAGAACGAAUCGCAUCAUGCGGUGGUCCGCAUCCAGGGACAUGAAGAGCUGCUCCAACCUUAUCGCUUUGUCACGGUUUCGCCCCAGGAAGAGGGAGGCGUCGCGGUCGAGUACACGUUGGGGAGCCGAGACAAACCGCUGACGAUCGAGCAGCUCAGAGAGCUGGACGGCAGCCUCCCCACGCAAUCCGUUCGCGCGGAUAAGGAGGCCAUCAAGGGUCAGGUUCUUGGCACAUUCUACGUCGAACGUAUCGGGAGAAUGGCGCUUGUUUCAGAUGGGAAACAGCAUUCGAUCGCGAAGAUUCCUUACCUUGACCGAGAGCAUUUCGAGCAUGGAGCUCACGUCGAACUCUAUCCCAAUCCCGAGGGGCGCGGCGUCCUCUUGAGCCCUCCAAAGGGGCGUGUGGAGAACCCCUAUGCGCUCGAAGAGGUCGAGCUCGCGCUCUUUAAAAGGGAAACCGAGCGCGUGGUUGUCUCGUUGGAGUCGGCUCGAGAAGCAGGCGGCGUAUAUCCCCAUCAGACGCAGCUUCGGGGCAAGGUUCGCGAUGUGUUUCACAUCGAAGGCCAAGGCCAAUUCGCGCUGCUGGAGAACGAAUCGCACCAUGCCCUGGUCCCUGUCGAGAGCAACAAGGACGUGUUCGAGCGCGGGAGAGAUGUCACGGUGAUGGCCCUGGACGAUGGGCAGCUCGCGGCGCAAAUCACGCUCGGGAGCAAAGAGAACCCUUACUCUCGAGCGCAGCUCGAUGUGCUCGAGCAAAACCUCGACACCGAGGCCGUACACACGCGCAAGGAAGACAUCAAGGGUAAGGUCAUCGAGACGCUUUAUGUCGAGAAGUGGGGACGCAUGGCGCUCGUGGUGAACGAGGAGCAGCAUGCCAUUGUCAAGAUCCCCUACCGAGAGCGCGAGAAGUUCGAGCGGGGUGCAGACGUCGAAAUCUACCCCAACCCCGAGGGGCGUGGCGUCGUGUUGAGCGCGCCCAAAGGACACCAGGAGAACCCUUACACGCGCGAAGAGGUUGACGCCGCGCUCAUGGCAAAGGAGACCGAGCUUGCAAAGCUCGAGUAUGAGCCUGGUCAUCAGCAUGGCGAGCCACCACAUAUGCGUGGUCGGGUGCGUGAGGUCUUUCACGUCGAGGACCAGGGAGCGUUCGCGCUCGUCGAGAAUGAAUCGCAUCAUGCGCUUGUCCCUGUACAGGGCAAUGAGGUGCUCGCGCGCGGGAAAGACGUCACGGUGAUGGCCGUGGGAGAUGGAAGGUUCGAGGCUCAAAUCACGCUCGGGACCAGGGAAAAUCCUUACUCGAGAGAACAACUCAGUGCGCUGGAAAAAAGCCUCCCCACGACCUCGACGCAUACCCGCAAGGAAGACAUCAAGGGCAAGGUGAUCGAGACCUUGUAUGUCGAGAAAUGGGGCAAGAUGGCGCUCGUGGUGAAUGAAGAUCGCCACGCGGUGGUCAAGAUCCCUUACCGAGAGCGGGAGCGCUUCGAGCGUGGCGCGGACAUCGAGAUUUAUCCUGCACCGAAUGGGCGAGGGGUGGUCUUUAGCGCCCCAAAGGGCCACCAAGAGAACCCUUACUCGCUCGAAGAAGUCGACGCGCGGCUCGCCAAAAGGGAGCUCACGCGCGUCGAGCUCGCGUCCACAAAAGCGCAGCGAGAGCCAGGCGUUGGCGAAGCGCGAAAAGAGGGGGCGCUGAUCCAGGGAAGAGUUCGCGAGCUCUUGAACGUGGAGGGGCGGGGCAAGGUCGCGCUCGUCCAGGGCGACAAGGAGGCCGCGCUGGUGCCGGUGAGCAUCGACCCCGAGGUGCUCGCGCGAGGCAAGGACGUGAGCGUGGUGGCGCUGGACGAUGGGAAGCUCGGUGCGCAAAUCACGCUCGGGAGCAAGGAGAAUCCUUACUCGAGGGAACAACUCGAGGCGUUCGAUAAAAGCCUCGCGACUCGAUCGACGCGCUGGGAUCGAGAGCCCAUCGAGGGGAGCGUGGUGAAGGCGUUCUACGUCGAGAAGUGGGGACGCAUGGCGCUUAUCGCCAACGAAGAGCAACACACCAUCAUCAAGAUCCCCUAUCAAGAGCGCGAGAAGUUUGGGGUUGGCAAGCAGCUCGCCUUGACGCCAAACCCACAGGGUCGGCCUACCAUAACGGAGGUCGAGCAGGAGACAGCGCACACGUCAUCUGGGGUGGCGGAGCGCGGGCCGGUGGGGCCACAGUUUACCGACCAGGCCAGGCAAGACGAAAAGGGUGUGCUCGAGCAGAGCGUUCCACACGAGACACCAUCACCCGCCAGGGACCCCGAAACGACGGAGCAAAAGCCAGCGCCACCCGCAAAACAGAAGAGCUUUGGCGAGCUGCUCAAGGACAAGAUCGAGAAGGAACUCGGACCCAUUUCGCUCGAGAAAGAACCUGUGUUGAGUCGUGAAGAGGUCAGGAUCAGGCUCGAGAUGUACCAACUUCGUGAAGAAAAGAAGGUGCAUAUCAACCCCGAGCGCUUUGACGGGGCGGUGCGCGAGGUGUUUCGUUCAGAAGAUGGCGCGCGGUGGGCUGCCAUCGAUGACGGGCGUGCAGUGGCCAUGGUCGAUGUCACCAGGAAGGAGAUCGUCGGAGAGCUCACGCGUGGCAUGUCGGCGCGCAUCGAGGCCGAACGACCAGACAAGCUCGUCGUGGGGCAGCCGCGUCAAGUGGAGGUGGAGAAGCCUCGUGGUUUGGAGCGAGAAGAUGCUCGUGCUGAACAGGCGAAAGAAUCUCCAAAGGCGGAGAUCGCCGCCGCCCAGUGGAUAAGCGAACAGCGCGCGCUGGGUGAAAAGGUCCGCCUGCUCGAGCCAACACAGCGGGUGCGGGGCGUCGUAGAAGAUAAGGCGAUCGAGCUAAAAGAAGGGACGUUCCAUGUGAUCAGAACGAGGGAGAGCGAGCGCGUGCUUGUUCAGGACGCGAAACUCGGGGAGUCCAAGGGAGAGAAGGCGACAGCCUAUGUGAACCCGUCAGGGAGGACGUUUGUCGAGUCGCUCGAGCGGGACCGCGAUCGUUGA